AUGGGGGUUCUGGUGGUGCUGUUAGGAGUGCUGAGCUUCCUGGGGAGGACUUUGGGGGGCUCCCCUGCCCUCCACUGGGACAGCACCUCCUGCCACUUGGCCAGACCUAUCCCUGGAAGACCCUUGAGGUCCCUUAGCUUCCUGGGCAAGGAUGCCCAAGGACUGGCUCUGUUCCACGCCCACUGGGAUGGGCACGGGAGGCUGCAGGUGUGCAGCCGGCAGGAUGAGCCAGAGCUCACUGCAGCCUAUGGCGCCCUCUGUGCUGGUGAGAUCACCCGGGGCUCCUUUAUCCACACCCCUGGACCUGAACUGCAGAGAGCCCUGGCCACCCUUCAGAGUCAGUGGGAGGCCUGCCGAGGGCCUGCUGAGAGCCCAGCAGGGACCAGGGAGAAGCGAGCAGCAGGGCAGAAUGGAGUGCCUGGCAUAGGGCGCCAGUGGGUGAAGAGAGGCUGGACCGUGCCUGGCACCCUGUGGUGUGGAGUUGGGGACUCUGCUGGGAACUCAUCUGAGCUGGGGGUCUUCCAGGGCCCCGAUCUCUGCUGCCGGGAACAUGACCGCUGCCCACACAAUGUCUCGCCCUUCCAGUACAACUAUGGCAUCCGAAACUACCGAUUCCACACCAUCUCCCACUGCAACUGUGAUGCCAGGUUCCAGCAGUGCCUGCAGGACCAGAGGGACUCUGUCUCUGACAUCAUGGGUGUAGCCUUCUUCAACGUGCUGGCGAUCCCCUGCUUCGUGCUGGAGGAGCAGGAGGCCUGUGUGGAGUGGUACUGGUGGGGCGGGUGUAGAAGGUAUGGGUCUGUACCCUUUGCCCGCCUCCAGCCCAGGACCUUCUACAACGCCUCCUGGAGCUCCCCGGCCACCUCACUGACUCCCAGCCCCCAGAACCCAGCCCUUAGCAGACCUCAGCCAAUGCAGCACCCUCAGCAGUGGCCAUCAGAGUGGAAAGAGUCCAAGUCCCCCAGCAAAACCAACGCCACAGCCCUCCAGGCUCCAGUAGCCUCUCCUGGGUCUGAUAGGGCCUCCACAGUCCAGCUGGAGGUCACCCAUCCAGGCUUCCAGGGGACAACAGGUGGCCGAAAACCUCCAGGUGCCCACCGGGCCUGCCGCAGCUUCCGUCACCUGGACCAGUGUGAGCACCAAAUUGGACCUCAGGAGACCAAGUUCCAGCUGUUCAAUAGUGCCCAUGAGCCUCUCUUCCACUGCAACUGCACACGCCGGCUGGCACGCUUCCUGAGGCUCCAUGGCCCACCUGUGGGUGCCAGCAUGCUUUGGGAGCUGCCGGGCAUGACCUGCUUCAAGCUGGCCCCUCCAUUGGACUGUGCUGAGGGCAAAGGCUGUCCCAGAGACCCCAGGGCCUUCAAGGUGUCGGCUCGGCACUUGCUGCGACUUCAGCAGAGGCGACUCCAGCUCCAGGGCACAGGCACGGACAAUGGGCAGGUUUGGCCUUCCGAGGACCAAGGGGCCCCCAUAUCAUUCUACAACCGGUGCCUGCAGCUGACCUAGGGAGCCAGAGGACCCAAAGGGCACAAAUCCUGGGACCAGUGACCUCAGUUCCAGCUUUCCUGGACACAGACUGGACUGUGACCCUGGCUUUGCCAGGCCCUGGGGGCUCAGCCUCCCCUCCAUAUCUUAGAUUGAGGCAUGACAUGGGUUUUUGUGGACAAACAGAAGGCUGCGUGGUAGGGCUGGGGACCAAGACCCAAAUGCUGGACCAUGUCUCUUGCUGUGCUUGGUUAUCUUGGGCUGGUGACACAACCCCUCUGUACUUGGAUGUGGUGUUCAGAAGGCUCAUUCUCCUGCCUUGGGCUUGGACCUUCCCAGAGGACUUCACAUCCACAUUGGACAAGGGUGAGGGUAACUCAUUGCAAUAGCCCCAGGAGGUGCUAGGAGGAGGUGUACAUAUGUCCAUGUUGUGAAAUUAAUGCAUGUCUCAAGGACCUGCCCAGGAUACCCCAGUGCCUGCCUGCUGAGGUCUGGGGUAGCAGGUGGGGAAGGAGGGAUGUGCCUGUGUCUGAAUCCAGGAUGGGGUAGGGCUGGGGGUGCUGGAGAGGGGCUUCCCAACUCCCCCCUCCCCAGGGGAUCCCCUUCUUUCACCAGCUGCUAUAUCCUUCCUGGACCAGCACUGUCCCAUUCUUUCUGUCUUUAACCUAAAUUUAGAGCUCCCCCAUGCCCUUGAGUAGAGACUUCCUUCCCCCACUCUGAACCUUAGUUUCUUUCUCUGAAAAAGGGGACUGUAAACAGGACCUACCUCGUAGGGUUGUUGAGGAUUAAGUGAGCCUGUUCCUGGAUAGCACUUACCACCUAGUAACUGUUCCCUCCCUCCAACACACAACCAAACUGUGCUUAGGCCAGACUGGUUUUUAAAGGUCCACAUAACCUCUUGGAGGCCUCAGUUUGCUCACCUGUGAGAUGGGGCUAAGAACGGCACUGACCUCAACACCACAGCUCAGGCCCAUGGUGCAGAUUAAAGGAGAUGGUGUGUGUACUGUGUUCA